CCUUCUCCUCUUCAGCUCUCUAUUAUUUAUGUUCGGCUUUUCCUGUCACUUUCAGCUUCAGCAUUUGCUCGUCCUCUUACUCCUCUCCACUCUCCUCUCUGACUCUUGAGGGUGUAGCUAUAUACAUUCAUUCACCAAUAUGUCAGAUCUUGAGGCCCCUCUUCGCCCCAAGAGGAAGAAGGGCUUGGUGGACUACUUUGUCCAGUUUCGGUGGAUCAUUGUUAUCUUUGUUGUUUUGCCUAUCUCAUUCACGAUGUACUUCCUGCACUAUCUGGGGGAUGUGCGGUCUGAGUGUAAAUCCUUCAAGCAGCGUCAAAAAGAGCAUGAUGAAAAUGUUAAGAAAGUUGUGAAGCGGCUCAAAGAAAGGAAUCCAUCAAAGGAUGGUCUUGUUUGCACAGCGCGGAAGCCAUGGAUAGCUGUUGGAAUGCGCAAUGUUGACUAUAAGCGUGCUCGGCAUUUUGAGGUUGAUCUUUCUGCUUUCAGAAACGUACUUGAUGUUGACAAGGAGAGAAUGAUUGCUAGAGUUGAGCCUCUUGUCAAUAUGGGUCAUAUAUCUAGGGUUACCGUCCCAAUGAAUCUAGCCAUAGCAGUUGUUGCUGAGCUUGAUGACCUGACUGUUGGUGGGCUCAUUAAUGGCUAUGGGAUUGAAGGGAGCUCCCAUAUUUAUGGCCUAUUCUCUGAUACCGUCGUAGCCUAUGAAAUUAUAUUAGCAGAUGGGCAGUUAGUUAGAGCUACCAAGGACAAUGAAUACUCUGACCUUUUCUAUGCUAUCCCAUGGUCUCAGGGAACACUGGGGCUUCUCGUUGCUGCUGAGAUCAAGCUUAUUCCUGUCAAAGAGUAUAUGAGAGUAACUUACAAACCAGUUGUUGGCAAUCUCCAAGAGCUUGCACAGGGAUAUAUUGAUUCUUUUUGCCCCAGGGAUGGGGAUCAGGAUAAUCCUAACAAGGUUCCAGAUUUUGUAGAAACCAUGAUUUACUCUCCUACAGAAGCUGUUUGCAUGACUGGUAGAUAUGCUUCAAAAGAAGAGGCCAAACAGAAGGGAAAUAAGAUUAACAGGGUUUGUUGGUGGUUCAAGACAUGGUUUUAUCAGCAUGCUCAAACAGCUCUAAAGAAAGGUGAGUUUGUGGAGUACAUCCCUACAAGGGAGUAUUACCACAGACACACAAGGUGUUUGUAUUGGGAAGGGAAGCUCAUUCUUCCAUUUGCUGAUCAAUGGUGGUUCAGGUUUCUCCUUGGUUGGAUGAUGCCACCCAAGGUAUCUCUGCUUAAAGCUACUCAAGGUGACGCUAUUAGGAACUAUUAUCAUGAGAUGCAUGUCAUUCAGGAUAUGCUUGUUCCUCUUUACAAGGUUGGAGAUGCUCUCGAGUGGGUCCACCGUGAAAUGGAGUUGUAUCCAAUUUGGAUGUGCCCACACCGAAUGUAUAAACUACCAGUGAAAACCAUGAUUUAUCCUGAGCCAGGAUUUGAGCAACAGCACAGGCAGGGUGAUACACAUUAUGCUCAGAUGUACACUGAUGUUGGAAUCUACUAUGCCCCUGGACCAGUCUUGAGAGGUGAGGUAUUUGAUGGGGCUGAUGCUGUCCGUAGAAUGGAGAACUGGUUGAUUGAAAACCAUGGAUUCCAGCCACAGUAUGCUGUGUCAGAGCUGACAGAGAAGAACUUCUGGAGGAUGUUCGACGCUGACCUCUAUGAGGAGUGCAGGAGGAAAUACAGAGCUAUUGGAACUUUCAUGAGCGUGUACUACAAGUCAAAGAAGGGGAGGAAGACAGAGAAGGAAGUGCAGGAAGCUGAGCAAGCUAUUCUUGAGACUCCUUAUGCUGAAACUGCUUAACUUUUUUUUAGGUUGAAACUGAGAUUUCUGUAGGACUGGAUCCGUUUUACAAUUCUUGCAGUUGUGUUGGUUGUAUUGUCUUCAUCAGGUGUUGUAGUUCAUACUUUAUUGGACAUGCGAGUUUUCUUAUUGAGCUGGUUUGGACCAUGUUGCGCUCUAAA